AUAAAAUGCAAUGUUUCUCCACUAAAAAGGUGUGAUUACUGUACACAUUUGCGAGAAACCCGGAAUAAGCACGUGAAUAAUAGGCAGCAAUAUGAGUGCUGCUACGUGCAUGCAAGGACGUUAAGCGUGCUUGGUGUGCGUGAAUAUUUAAAUUUGCCAAUUUUUGAUCCAUUUCCAUUUUCAGGAAGAUGACGCGGGUUUACAAGAGGAAGCAUCCCGACAGAGCUCAAACAUCGAACGAUUUGAUCCUGGAUGCUGUGAGAUUGGUGUGCGAUGAAAAGAAAAGUAGAAGAGACGUAGCAGAAGCUUUUGAAAUAUCAAAAUCAUCGCUUGGCCGAGCAGUGAAGAAGUACAGAGAAUGCGGUGACACAGGUGGCAUCAUGUUCAAGUCCAAUUUGGUCUGCGGAAUGGUCUUCAAAACAGAAGAUGAAGUACUCUUGAAAGAAUAUUUGCUGAAAGCAAGCAAAAUGCAUUAUGGGCUUACGAGAAUGCAAGUUCGUUCACUGGCGUACGAGUUUGCAACAGCCUUAAAGAGGAAGUGCCCGGCAUCAUGGGAGCAGAAGAAGGUAGCUGGAAGAGACUGGUUUAUGGGCUUUAUGGACCGCGAUCCCGAGCUAUCGCUUCGAUCGCCAGAAGCGACCAGUCUGGGUCGGGCAACAAGCUUCAAUAAGAACAACGUCGAUGCUUUCCUUUGAAACCUGAAAAGUGUCUACGACCGAUACAAGCUAACUCCGGACCGCAUCUACAAUUGUGAUGAAACGGGUUUCACAACUGCACACAACCCACCAAAGGUAGUAGCAGCACGUGGAGAAAAGCAAAUCGGUCAGGUUACAUCCGCAGAACGCGGCAAACUGGUGACUGUUUUGUGCACUGUCAAUGCCAUCGGAAACGCCCUGCCACCAGUGUUCAUUUUCCCACACGUGAGGUAUAAAGAUUUUUUUCUAAAAGGCGCCCCGGCAGGAAGCCUCGGUUUGGCAAGCAAGUCGGGCUGGAUGUCGAGCGAACUGUUUUUGCUGGCGUUAGAGCACACUGUGAGACAUACGAAGUGCUCGAAGGAGGAGCCAAUUCUCUUGAUACUCGACAAUCAUGAAAGCCAUGUGAGCAUCAACACCAUCAACAAGGCCAAAGAGAGCGGAGUCAUCCUGCUGACCUUUCCCCCACACUGUAGCCACCGCCUGCAGCCAUUUGAUGUGUCCGUGUACGGACCAUUUAAAUCUCGGUACAACGCUGCUUACAAUGAUUGGCUCAUAAAUAACCCCGGGAAGACCAUCUCCAUCCACAAUGUUGCACAACUAGUUGGAUCCGCCUACGUAUUAACGGUGACACAAAAGAACAUAAUCUCGGGCUUUCAAAAAACUGGAAUUUGGCCUUUCAAUAGCGAGCCCUUCACUUCGGAUGACUACAUGAUGUCAUCAGUCACUGACAGACCCUUAACGUCCGUAAGCGGAGAGGUGUCACGACAGACGGCCACCAUCACCGAGAAAACGGACAGCGCAAGCCGACUGGAAAGUGAUUUGAACUUUGAGACAAACGGCCAUGGAGCUAGCAACGUCUCUACAGAUGUCUUCCCACCUACUGUCGCCAACGCAGCCUCAACGUCAACUGUAUCUCCCAGCCGGAUUGUUCCGAGCGACCUAAGGAUCUACCCUAAGGCUGCACCGCGUAAGACAGGGCAAAAAGGAAGGAAGAUAGGUAGGACAAAAGUCCUUACGGAUACACCCGAGAAGCAUGCGAUUGAACAAGAAGCUGCAGAGAGGCUGGCACGACAGAGUCUGAAAAAAAGAGCGCUUAUCACAGCUAAGACUGUCGCCACUACCCGCCCAAAAAAGAAACGGCGACUUCAGAAGGAGUUCAGUUCUUCAAGGGAAGACGACACUGUUGCUGUUGCAUUUGAUGAUUCAGACAGUGACAUGUCGGGUUCCGAUAAUGAGAGGCGGGACAUUUCUGAGGCCGAUUGCCCAAAUAGAACUUUUCAAGUGACAAAAGGCGAUUUUGUCCUUGUCAGAUUUGGUAAGAAAAAAUCUGACGUUUAUUACACGGGUAGAGUCGAAAGUAGUGACAAUAUUGACGUCAGUGUCCAGUUCCUUCGAAAGAAAGAAGAGAGCUCAAAGUUUUACUUUCCUCCGCAGAAAGAUAUAGGGACUGUGCCAAUAACGGAUAUUGUGAAGAAGCUGCCAGCGCCAAAAACUAUUGGGGGAACGAAGCGCCUGCAAGCUUGCUUCAAGUUCGAUGUGGAACUAUCAGCUUUUAAUGUCCGCUGAAGACGUUGGGACCGAUAUUUUACUGGGGUCCCAUUCCUCCCAAAGGAUGUCCCACUCCACCCGAAGGGACAGGUGGAAUGGGACAGAUUUUAGCUGUUAGAAACUAUUUUUUAGCAGUUGCUCUAGAAGUGGCAGUAACCUGUGUUUCGCAGAAUUUGCGCAGCUUGUUUCGACUUGUACUAUCCAUCAACCAUCUUUUUGCGUUCAAAAUAAACAAAACUAAA